AUGGCUCACCUCAAUGCCUGGUGGCUCUUCCAGAGCGUCGUUUGGAGAGUUGCCGCGAUGAUCAUCAGCAAUGGGGCCAUACCUGCGGCUAUGUCCUCUGCUUCUGGCUCAGCAUUGGUUGCCGGAGUCCCUCCCGACCCCGGGCCAGGCGGGACUGCGCCUGUACGUCCGUUCCGCCUCGACCAGGUGAGGCUCGGUGGCGGGUUGCUGCAAGAGAAGCGUGACAGAAUCAAGACGUACCUGCAACACUAUGAUGAGCGCCGGUUCCUGGUGCUUUUCAACAACCAGGCCGGCCGACCGAAUCCAGAUGACGUCGAGGUGCCCGGAGGUUGGGAAGAUGGCGGGCUGCUUAGCGGACACUGGACAGGCCAUUUUAUGACGGCUCUUUCUCAGGCAUACGCCGACCAGGGCGAAGAGAUCUUCAAGUCCAAGUUGGACUGGAUGGUUCACGAACUAGCGGCAUGCCAAGAUGCGAUUAACGCUCGUCUAAACGGUAAUGUGACGGGCGAGGGUAGUGCUUCCUGGAUUCCGACAUACCCAGGCUACCUCGGUGCUCUUCCGGAGGACACCGUUCUGAGGCUCGGCCCGCCGCGUUUCGCUGUCUAUGGAGGUGACCCUGACAAAAACACCUGGGCACCUUGGUAUACACAGCACAAGAUCUUGAGAGGUCUGCUGGAUGCCUAUUACAAUACAAAUAACACUCAAGCUCUUGAAGUUGUUGUGAAGAUGGCUGAGUGGGCUCACCUCGCCUUGACCAUCGGUGAUAAGAACCACCCUGAUUACCAGGGUAACAUAAGCCGCGACGACCUCAAUUACAUGUGGGACGUUUACAUCGCCGGCGAAUAUGGAGGGGCCAAUGAGAUCUUCCCCGAGGUCUACGACUUAACUCAUGAUGCCAUGCACUUGGUCACUGCCAAGGCCUUUGACAACCGUGAGUCACUGUUCGGCGCGGCUGUGGAGGACAACGAUAUUCUAGUUGUUCUACCGCAGGACAUCCCCGGCCGCCGUCGCCGUGAGAGGCUACAUGCAAACACGCAUGUUCCGCAGUUCCUUGGGUACAUGAGGGUCUAUGAACAGAGUGGAGAGCAGGAGUACCUUGACGCCGCGCGAAACUUCUACAGGUGGGUGGUCCCACAUCGACAGCUCGCCACUGGCGGCACGGGGGGCAACUACCCCGGCCACGAGGACAACAACGAGCUGUUCCAAAACAGAGAUAACAUCGCCAAUGCUCUCAACAAGAGCGGCGGCGCAGAGACGUGUACGACGUACAACAUGCUCAAGCUAGCCCGGAAUCUGUUCAUGCACAACCACAGCGCAGCCUACAUGGACGACUACGAGCGCGGCUUGUUCAACAUGAUCACCGGGUCGCGGGCAGAUACAAACAGCGUCGACGACCCUCAGCUCACGUACUUCCAGCCACUCGGACCGGCUACGGCUCGUGAGUACGACAACAUCGGCACUUGCUGCGGCGGCACGGGGAUGGAGAGCCACUCCAAGUACCAAGAGACGGUCUACUUGCGCUCGGCCGACGGCUCCGCGCUGUGGGUUAACCUGUACGUCCCGGCUACUGUGCACUGGGAGGAGAAAGGCUUCACGGUCACGCAGGAGACAGCAUUCCCACGGGUGGGCUCAUCCAAAUUCACCGUCACUGCAGGUGACGGCCCGCUAGAUAUCAAGCUCCGAGUGCCCGUCUGGACUCGCGAGGGCGGCUUCCGCGUCACCAUCAACGGAGAAGAGCAGUCAGGACAAGAUGCCCAGCCCAGCACAUAUCUGACCCUGAGUCGUUUUUGGCAGACUGGCGACGUGAUCGAAGUCGAGAUGCUGCUCAGCAUCCGCGUCGAACGCGCCAGGGACCGCCCAGACACCCAGGCCAUCAUGUGGGGCCCAGUACUGCUGCAGACCCUCGGCACGCCGCCGAGCGGGGACGGUGCCGACGGAUUCUGGCAGCUAUCGCUGUACCGGUACCUGAAGCUAGAUGGCGACUACUCGCGGGCAGCGAUCAGGCAGACCGGAAGGACCGCGGCCGGUGACCCGCUCUUCGCCGCCACCGCCUUGGAGGGCCGCAACGUAAGCGUGAGACCUUACUACGUGAGUGACGCACAGGCCGUAUCAUCAUACUUCCGACGUGUCGAGCCGGUUGUCGUGUUUGGGUCCGUCGACACCGGAAUCCCAAACCGCAAGCGCAACGACGAACUGCCGAGCUACGACGUACCCGUCACCGGGGUCGAAUCGCCAGGCACGGAUGGACCGACAUUCCUCGACCUGCUUUGGGACCAAGCUCCUUUUCCCAUGCAAGCCGAUUUUAUCGAGGCAGUUACAUCCACUGCGGAUUCAUUCGUUGCCCUUGGCAUUUACACCGCCGAAGAGCGAGAUGUCAUUGUCGCCAAGGCGGACGAGGCGGAGCGGGAGCUUGACCCCGGGUAUACUCAGCGGUGGCGGAGAAGCACAUGA